UCGUAUCAUAUUAAAGAGAAAAAAAUAUAUUCUAAGAUAUUUAUAAUAUCAAUCAUGGCGAAGCGGAUUGUAAUAUUCGGAGCUACGGGAAAUACCGGGCUUUGUGUUUUAAAUCAUGCUGUGGAAAAGGGUAUGGAUGUAAGAGUUUUUGUGAGAGAUAAGACCAAGAUACCAGAAAAUGUUAGAAACAAAGUGGAUAUAAUUAUUGGAGAUGUCACCAACGAUACAGAUGUUUCAAAAGCUGUAGCUAGUAGAGAUGCCGUUGUUGUUGCACUUGGUACUAGAAAUGAUCUUAAACCAACUACUGUACUAUCAGAAGGUAUGAAAAAUAUAAUAGAGGCUAUGAAGACGCAUAAGGUUGAAUUGGUUUCUGUAUGUUUAUCAGCAUUUUUAUUCUAUAAGCCUGAUGCUGUACCAGUUAUAUUCAAAGAUCUGAAUGCAGAUCAUCAGCGUAUGUUCGAUCUUCUGAAAGAAAGUGGAUUAAAAUGGAUUGCCAUAUUACCACCACAUAUUUCUAGUACAGAAAAUUUAAAAUAUAUUAUAAAACAUGACGAAUCCCCAGGUCGUGCCAUUUCAAAAUAUGCUUUGGGUGCAUUUCUUGUCGAUUGUCUCGAACAAUCAGAUCAUUAUCAAAAAAUAUGUGGUAUUGCAACUGGCUCAUAAUUAUGAAUUUUGGUCUCAUAGAAAACUAUAUGCACAUUAUUAGUAUUGUAAUCUAUUUGUACAUUACUCACACAAAUCAGUCUUUUGAAAAAAUGAUGGGAAAUAUAAUAAAAUCAAUUGAUAAAAUUAUUAUAACAUCAAAAUAAAUAUGUAUGAUAUUGUAACAUAAUUAUGCUAAGCAGGUUAUCAGAAUAAAACUUCAAUCUACCAAAAUGUCUAUUUAAAAAUCAUAAAA